CGAGCUGAUUGUGAAUCAUUGGCUGCCAAUUGGGUGCCCUCUUCUCUCCUGAUGAAUGGCGCUGCACGUAUAUAGCUCGCCUCCAGGCUUUGUCCAAAUCCCGCCACUCCUCUCUCCCCUCCAAACACACCCCAUACUACACACCACAAACCCUCUCCUCUAUCCAUUCCUCCUCGACCAAUGGCUCCCCUCUUCAUCGAGAAUACCAUGCUCCUCGUCCGUAUCCCACUAAUGGGGAUAUUCAAGCUCGUCAAAACUCUCUUCGCCAACUGGAACGCACCCAUCAAGGUCCUUCAGACGAUCGGGUUGUACACUGUUGACUUUGGGUACUUCUUGGGUAACACCUUCUCGAGAAAGCGCGAUGCUAGGGAAUUAUUCAAGCCUGGUCAACCUGGGUAUAAUGGUAUUUGGCCGGAACACGUCCCGCCUUUACCGACGGACUCUAGAGCGCCUUGUCCUGGAUUGAAUGCGAUGGCUAAUCAUGGAAUUCUCCCUCAUAACGGUAGAAAGAUCACCUUUCCCGAGUUGGAGAAGGCACUCCAGGAAACAUGGAACUUCAGCCCUACCCUCUGCAAGAGUACAUCUGACUCUCUCCGAAGUCUCUUUGGACGUGAUUUUAUAGAUCUCAGCGAUUUGACUGGUCAUAAUAUUGUGGAACACGAUGCAAGCAUGCUGCGUCGCGAUGCUCAUUUCCAACCCGAUCAGACGAUCCCAGCUAAAGAUCUCAUCCGAAACCUCCUCACCUUUGCAACGGGUCCUCGUAGUCCUGAGAAACCGGAAGGUUAUCUUACCACUUCUGAUAUCGCCCGUUUCCUCUCCCUUCGUAUCGCACAGUCCAAGAAUGACAAUCCACAGUUUUACUUGACAGCAACACACAAGUUCUUCAUGUGGGGUAACGGGUCGAUGCUCUUCCAAGUGCUUGGAGGGGAUGUGAAGACGCUCAAGACGAUUUUGGAGGAUGAAAAGAUUCCGGAGGGGUAUGCUCAUUUUGCGCGGACUCGGAAUGGGUUGACUAUGCUCGAUCAACACCUUCGCACGUUUGAGAUCGCCUUGGCCAUGAAGGAUGUGCAACUUCCGAGGUCCUCUUGACCGGAUCCUCUUUGUAUACAUGAUGCAAAUGAUUGAGACGGAUGAUGGAGAACCGGGCAAUCCGUCAGAGACGUGAUCGGUUUUUUUUUCUUCUUCGAUGAUAUAUCUUGUCUAUUUAUAUGUCUGUUGUCACGAUAGUGUCGCUGCCUCCCAGGAGGCAUUGUAAUCAGUCAGGGUGAAUGUCAGGACUAUCGUUGCGAGCACGUUUAUCACCAAAAAAAAAGGAUGGGCAAUACGCAAAGUCGUCAUGAAGUGGCCGGACGGAGCGAGAAGGUUUAGCAAUUCUUAAAUUCCAUGAGUGCCGAUCCACAGUCCGUGGAAUAGGAGAGCGAGGAAGGAAAUCAAGUUUAACAGGGAGCCCAUUCCAUGAA